AUGGCGGAAGUAGAGAAUGGCUCGGUUCAUGAGCCAUCCCAAACAGAAAACAAGGAGAACAGUGUCGACGUAUCCACGCACCCCGAGUCCCCCGAAAUUGCUCCCGAGGACAAACCGGCCUUGCCAGAUGAAUCGGAACGUCAACGAAUUGAAGUCAGUGAAGUGACAGACGAUACCGAAGCACAGAAGGAAUUGGACGCUGCCGGUCUACCUCCGAGUCCUCCGACUGUUGCCGUCGAGCCCGCAGGGUCAGGAAAUGAGCCCGAAUCCCAGGCGCAUGAAACGGAGGGUGAUGCCGACAACUCCCCAGAAGCACAGGACCCUGCAGCUGAGAAGGACACGGCAGGCGACAGGACCGAUGCGAGCUCCAUACCCCCACAAGAAGAGCCUGUCCCAGAUGUUCGACUGCGCUCGGAUUCGAGAUCCACGACAGCUACAUUUGCUACGCAUCGGUCCGUCACUGUGAGCUCGACAGUUUUCAUUGUGACCGCUCUUGAUACAAUCGGACAAUCUAGGGAGGCGAAGAAGAGUAAGGAACUGGAUGAUGCCGUCAAGAAUGCCCUCACAAAUGUCAAACAAUCGGAUCGGGAACCCAUUGAUCCCGAGAUCAUCUUCCGUCCUCUUCAUCUCGCAACAAAGAGCUUCAGCAUUCCACUUCAGGUCACUGCGCUGGACUGUAUUGGAAAGCUAAUUACCUACUCCUACUUCGCCUUCCCGUCGACUCAGGCUCCGGAGGCCCAGGGCACACCGGAACAGAUCCCCUUGAUCGAGCGUGCCAUCGAUGCAAUUUGUGACUGUUUUGAAAACGAAGCCACGCCGAUUGAAAUUCAGCAGCAAAUUAUCAAAUCUCUUCUCGCGGCGGUGCUAAACGACAAGAUCGUGGUCCAUGGAGCGGGUCUCCUGAAGGCCGUUCGCCAAAUUUAUAACAUCUUCAUAUACUCCAAAUCGAGUCAGAACCAGCAAAUUGCCCAGGGAUCUCUGACGCAGAUGGUCAGCACGGUCUUUGACAGAGUUCGAGUACGGCUGGAUCUUAAGGAGCUGCGUCUCCGCGAAGGUGAAAAGGGGCAGGGUGGUUCUUCCGACAAUGUGACUCUCGAGCAGGGUGACAACCCCCAGGCAAAUGAGGAGGAUCCCGCGUCCGAUGCUGCCUCUGCUGCAGUGUCAGACCAACCGGUUACGAAAGAGCCUAUCGAGAAGCUCACGUUACAGAGCUUCGAGUCCAGCAAGGACGUCGCUUCUGUCCAUGACAAUGCCCCUACCACCGUUACUCGCGCCAAGUUAGACCAGACUCCGGCACGACCCUCGUCUGGUAUCUCCGGAGAGGACACCGAUCCUGCGGAAGACGACGACGAUGAAGUCUAUGUCAAGGAUGCUUUUCUGGUUUUCCGAGCUUUGUGCAAGCUGAGCCACAAGAUUCUCAGUCAUGAGCAGCAGCAGGAUCUGAAGUCCCAAAAUAUGAGGUCCAAACUCUUGUCGUUGCAUCUCAUCCAUAAUCUCAUCAACAACCAUGUCUCCACUUUCACGUCUCCGCUCCUGACGAUCAAGCAAAGCUCCAACAGCUCGGAAUCCAUGACCUUCCUACAAGCUGUUCGCCCACACUUAUGUCUCAGUCUCAGCCGGAAUGGUUCCAGCUCAGUGCCCCGUGUGUUUGAAGUCUGCUGCGAGAUUUUCUGGCUCAUGCUCAAACAUAUGAGAGUCAUGAUGAAGAAAGAGCUCGAAGUGUUCCUGAAGGAGAUUUAUCUAGCGAUUUUGGAGAAGCGGAAUGCUCCCGCAUUCCAGAAGCAGUAUUUCAUGGAAGUGCUAGAAAGACUAGCAGACGAUCCUCGCGCUCUCGUGGAGAUGUAUCUCAACUAUGACUGCGAUCGGACGGCUUUGGAGAAUAUCUUCCAAAACGUCAUCGAACAACUUUCCAGAUAUGCGAGCAUCCCGGUCUCUGUGAAUGCAGUGCAGCAACAACAAUACCAAGAACAUCAUACGAAGAUCUCACGCACGGGCAGAGAUUGGCAUCAGCGCGGCACUCUCCCUCCAUCCCUCACGACCGCGAAUGUUUCCAAUAUCCAACAAACAAUCUUGCAGGGGGUACCUUCAGAAUAUGUCCUGAAGAAUCAAGCGGUUGAGUGCUUGGUGGAGAUUCUGCAAUCUUUGGAUAACUGGGCAUCGCAACGCAUAGCCGAUCAAAUGCCGGUUCCUAACAUACCGUCGCAUAAGUCGAUGGAUAACUCCAGAGAGUCUCUCGACACGAACGCAGGCAUGUAUUUGGCCUCGCCGCGCGUUGAAGGCGCUGACAGCACUGGGCGCUCCACCCCCGUGGCCGAAGAUGACCCAAGCCAGAUGGAGAAGGUCAAGCAAAGAAAGAUCGCCCUGACAAAUGCUAUCCAGCAAUUCAAUUUCAAGCCUAAACGGGGAAUCAAGCUUUUUGUUAAGGAAGGUUUCGUACGCUCGGAGUCGCCCGAAGACCUCGCAGCAUUUUUGUUCAGAAACGAACGCUUGGACAAAGCAAUGAUUGGAGAGUAUCUCGGCGAAGGGGACGCUGAAAACAUCGCCAUCAUGCACGCUUUUGUCGACAUGAUGGACUUUGCCAAGCGACGCUUCGUAGAUGCUCUCCGCCAGUUCUUGCAGCAUUUCAGAUUGCCUGGCGAGGCUCAGAAAAUUGAUCGUUUCAUGCUCAAGUUUGCGGAGCGCUACGUCACUCAGAACCCCAAUGCGUUUGCUAACGCUGAUACUGCAUACGUCCUCGCAUACUCCGUCAUUAUGCUGAACACGGAUCAACAUAGCUCGAAGGUCAGACGUCGCAUGACCAAGGAGGAUUUCAUUAAAAACAACCGAGGCAUCAAUGACAACCAGGAUUUGCCUGAUGAAUAUCUUGGGUCUAUUUUUGAUGAGAUUGCGUCGAAUGAGAUCGUUCUCGACACGGAAAGAGAGCAAGCAGCCAACCUUGGAAUCCCUACAGCUGCCCCUGUCGGCUUGGCAUCCAGGGCUGGUCAGGUUUUCGCAACCGUAGGCAGGGACAUCCAAGGCGAGAAGUAUGCUCAAGCCUCUGAAGAAAUGGCCAACAAGACAGAGCAGCUAUAUCGCAGUCUAAUUCGAGCCCAGCGGAAGACCGCUGUGAAGGAGGCUUUGUCGCGAUUUAUUCCGGCAACGUCAGUCCGACAUGUCGGUUCUAUGUUCAACGUCACUUGGAUGUCUUUCCUUUCCGGCCUGUCUGCCCCGAUGCAAGACACCCAAAACUUGGAGGUCAUCAAGCUUUGUAUGGAGGGUAUGAAGCUUGCCAUCCGUAUUAGCUGCUCUUUCGACUUGGAGACCCCCCGUGUCGCCUUCGUGACAGCCUUGGCCAAAUUCACAAAUCUGGGAAAUGUCAGAGAGAUGGUGGCCAAGAACGUGGAGGCUCUGAAAGUACUGCUCGAUGUGGCGCUUUCGGAAGGAAACUACCUCAAGGGCUCUUGGCGAGAAAUUCUUACUUGUGUCAGCCAACUUGAUCGACUCCAGCUUUUGAGCGACGGUGUCGAUGAAGGAUCAUUACCUGACGUUUCCCGAGCUCGCAUCGUCUCCCAGGCAUCUUCGGAUGGGUCUCGCAGGUCUAUCCAGAGUACAAGGCGUCCUCGGCCCCGCUCCGUGAAUGGUCCUACUGCCUUCCGCACGGAGGUGGCCAUGGAAAGCCGGUCGGCGGAGAUGAUAAGAGGUGUGGAUAGAAUCUUCACCAAUACAGCCAAUCUCUCCCACGAAGCUAUCAUCGACUUUGUCCGGGCGCUGAGUGAAGUCAGCUGGCAAGAAAUUCAAUCUUCAGGACAGACCGACUCCCCUCGCACGUACAGUCUGCAAAAGCUGGUGGAGAUCAGUUAUUACAACAUGACGCGAGUCAGGAUCGAGUGGUCGAAGAUUUGGGAAGUCCUUGGACAACAUUUCAACCAUGUCGGGUGCCACUCGAAUACCACCGUGGUCUUUUUUGCCCUCGACUCUCUGCGACAGCUCUCAAUGCGUUUUAUGGAGAUUGAGGAGCUCCCAGGAUUCAAGUUCCAGAAAGACUUCCUCAAGCCGUUUGAGCAUGUCAUGGCCAACAGUAAUGCUGUUACAGUGAAGGACAUGAUUCUCCGAUGCCUCAUACAGAUGAUCCAGGCUCGUGGCGACAACAUUCGCUCGGGAUGGAAAACUAUGUUCGGUGUAUUUACUGUGGCUGCUCGCGAACCUUACGAGGGUAUUGUGAAUAUGGCUUUUGAACAUGUCUCCCAGAUCUACAACACCCGGUUCGGGGUUGUAAUUACGCAGGGUGCUUUCCCCGAUCUUGUCGUGUGCCUCACGGAGUUCUCGAAGAACAUGAGGUUCCAGAAGAAGUCGCUGCAAGCGAUCGAAACAUUGAAAUCGACCGUCACAAAAAUGCUUCGCACCCCUGAAUGCCCCCUUUCCGCUCGUGGAGCAUCCGAAGAGGCGUACGAAGAGGCUACGAAUCUCGCUAAACAACUUAGUCGACAGUCUAAGGAGGAACAGUUCUGGUAUCCAAUUCUGAUCGCCUUCCAAGAUGUGCUGAUGACCGGUGAUGACCUUGAAGUCCGAUCACGGGCGUUGACCUAUCUUUUCGAGACAUUAAUUCGCUAUGGUGGCGACUUCCCUCAAGAGUUCUGGGAUGUUCUUUGGAGACAGCUCCUUUAUCCUAUCUUCGUUGUGCUGCAGUCCAAGUCCGAAAUGUCCAAGGUCCCUAAUCAUGAGGAACUCUCCGUGUGGCUCUCAACCACAAUGAUCCAAGCGCUGAGAAACAUGAUCACCCUCUUUACGCAUUACUUCGAUGCGCUGGAGUACAUGCUCGGACGCAUCUUGGAGCUUCUCACACUGUGCAUUUGCCAAGAAAACGAUACUAUCGCACGCAUUGGUAGCAAUUGCUUGCAACAGUUGAUUUUGCAGAAUGUUAUGAAGUUCAAGCAAGAGCACUGGGCCAAGGUUGUCGGUGCGUUUGUUGAGCUUUUCAGCAAAACAACCGCCUACGAACUCUUCACAGCUGCGGCCACCAUGUCCAAACAGGUGUCGCCGAAAACAGCGAACGGCGAGUCUGCUGAGGAGGGCACCGAAGAAUCUCCUGACGUUUCAUCAACUGCCGAAAAUUUCGCCGAUUCUGCGAAGACGAAUGGCCUGCAGAGUAUGGCCCAGGAGCACGAGGAAGGAGAUAUGCCUACUGCUGCGUCACCAGAACUCGAGGAUUACCGGCCGCAGGCGGACUUGCAACAGCAGCCAGCGGCUGUCACGGUGGCUCGGCGCCGUUAUUUCAACCGCAUCAUAACGAAUUGCGUGCUUCAGCUACUCAUGAUCGAGACCGUUCACGAACUCUUCUCGAAUGAUAAAGUUUAUGCACAAAUCCCCAGCAACGAGCUGCUGCGAUUGAUGGCGCUUCUCAAGAAGAGCUACCAGUUCGCGAAGAAGUUCAAUGAGGACAAGGAGCUUCGCAUGCAGCUUUGGCGUCAAGGAUUCAUGAAGCAGCCACCGAACCUUCUGAAGCAGGAGAGCGGAAGUGCGGCGACUUAUGUCCACAUCCUCUUCCGCAUGUAUCAUGAUGAGCGAGAGGAAAGGAAAAACAGCCGCUCCGAGACAGAGGCUGCCCUCAUUCCUCUUUGUGCCGACAUUAUCCGCAGCUUUGUUCGUCUCGACGAAGACUCGCAACAUCGCAACAUUGUAGCGUGGCGUCCCGUUGUCGUGGAUGUCCUGGAAGGUUAUACCAACUUUCCCUCUGAAGGGUUUGAUAAGCAUGUCGAGACCUUCUAUCCCUUGGCUGUUGACUUGUUAAGUCGUGAUCUGAACCCUGAGAUCCGUAUUGCCCUUCAGUCUCUGCUCCGGAGGAUCGGUGAGGCAAAACUUGGAGUGCCCGCGCAAGCUUCGAGCACUCCACGGGGCUCCGUUUCUCAUCCCCGCAAACAAAGUCUUUGCUUUUUGUUCUGA